CUGAUGCCUUUCCCUUCGCUUUCCGGACCGGGCCAAGGCUCCGUGGUGAGGUGGUGGCCUCAGGAGCCUGGGCCAUGGCGACCCGAGCCACCGGAGCUGCGGGACCUGGGGCACCCCUGGGGUUGGCCCUGCUGCUGCUGCUGCUGCUGCUGGGGCCCCGGCUGUCGGCCGGCGGCCCCGGGACUCCGCCGCUCUUCAACGUCAGUCUGGACGCGGCCCCGGAGCUACGCUGGCUGCCGAUGCUGCAGCACUACGACCCGGACUUCGUGCGCUCCGCGGUGGCGGAGGUCAUCAGCAACAGGGUUCCCCAGUGGGUCCUCGAGAUGAUUGGAGAGGUGGUGUCCAAGGUGGAGAGCUUCCUGCCCCAGCCCUUCACCGACGAGAUCCGUGGCAUAAGCAACUUCUUCAACAUCAGCCUGGCCGAGGGUAUCUUGGUCAACCUGGCCUAUGAGGCCUCGGCAUUCUGCACCAGUAUUGUGGCUCAAGACUCCCAAGGCCACAUUUACCAUGGCCGGAACCUGGACUACCCUUUUGGAAAUGCCUUGCGAAAGCUGACGGUGGACGUGCAGUUCCUAAAGAACGGGCAGAUUGCCUUCACGGGGACUACUUUCGUUGGCUAUGUCGGACUGUGGACAGGUCAGAGUCCACACAAGUUUACAGUUUCUGGCGAUGAACGAGAUAAAGGCUGGUGGUGGGAGAAUGCCAUCGCUGCGAUUUCUCUGGGACACUCUCCGGUCAGCUGGCUUAUCCGCAAAACCCUGAGUGACUCAGAGAACUUUGAGGAGGCUGUUUACACUCUGGCCAAGACGCCCCUCAUUGCUGAUGUUUACUACAUCGUUGGGGGCACCGCGCCCCGGGAGGGGGUAGUCAUCACCAGGGACAGAGGUGGCCCAGCGGACAUUUGGCCUCUUGACCCUUUGAAUGGAGCGUGGUUCCGGGUUGAGACAAAUUAUGAUCAUUGGAAGCCUGUACCCAAGAGGGAUGACCGAAGAACACCAGCCAUCAAAGCCCUAAAUGCCACAGGGCAAGCACACCUCAGCCUGGAGGCCCUUUUCCAGGUUUUAUCUGUGUUUCCUGUUUAUAACAACUACACAAUCCAUACUACGGUGAUGAGUGCUGCCGAGCCCGACAGGUACAUGACCAGGAUCCGAAACCCAAGCUAAAGGUGGUUAUUUUCAAAGAGCUGCAUUUGAAAGACCAGAACAGAGAGAGUGUCGCACUGUUGUGUGAGGAUGUGGGCUUCCUCCUCAUGCUGCUUUUCUGCCUGGGCCUGGGAGGGGAUCUCUUAGCGCCUGUGUGGAGCACUGGAGAGUCCCCCCUUGUCUUGCAGCCUCCCCACUUCCUGGUCCCUGUGAUCUUCAUUAACAACCCGCCCUGGCGGGAAC